CUGUAAGCAGUGAGAAAAGCAAGACAUAAAUAUAAUGUGUGAGAGAAAAUAUGAUGUUACAGUUAGUUAUCACCGUAUGAUUGGAAGCGGAUUGAAAAACUAAGCAGAAAUCAUGGACUUUGGGGAUGAUGAUGAAAUUAUAGUUCCAAUAUGGAAUGUAGAAGCCGAAGUUCUUCCGUUUGAGGACUACGAUUCACCCGCGCCAAAAAUAACUGUAACACACGCUGAAUCUUGGGAAAUACUAUACCACGUGUGGUUUAUAUUAGAGUCCCUGCUGGCCGUUAUAUUUUUCUUUGCGAUUACGCGCGUCUUUGGUCAGAAAACGCCGCAUAUAAUUCACCCCGAUUCCAUUAAGCGAUACCUCUACGAAUUCCUAUUUAUUCUUGCGCCUACAGUGUUAUUUGUAAUUGUGCUACAUCAUUAUGUUUAUGCUGUAAUUAUCGUGUUCGCUAUUUCUGUAAUAUACGCAUUGUUUAUGAUUUAUAAAACCAAUGCACAACAACGCUGGUACAUUACGGGUGGUCGCCGACCCUUCAUUUUGACAUUAAAUCGUGCAACAAUCUACUUGAUAACAGCGCUUUGUAUAUUAGCCGAGGAUUUUCAAUGUUUUCCAAAAUAUUUUCAAAUGUCGCAUGGCCAUAGUAUUGGCUUAAAAGAUGCGCUAGCGGGAUUUUAUGUUUUUACAAUGGCGACCGUUGAGCGAAAUAAGAAUAAAAUAUAUGGAGUUAGACGCACUUUAACGGCGCUAGUGCUUUUGUGGUUAGGCGAGUAUGUCGGUUCAAAAUAUAUUAUAUAUAGCCAUGAUGAAAAUGUAUAUGGCGAGCAUUGGAAUAUAUUCGUUACGUUGGCACUGACAAAAUGUAUCGGCACUUUUUACUGUUCUGUGUUUAAGUCACGCACUAAACAGCUCUAUGUCGGAGGGGUGCUUUUGAUUCUACAUCAGUGUGCUCUACGAGUUUUCUCCGAUAAUGUUGUUUUGGAUUCAGAUUAUGUACGUGACAAUCUAUUCAGUCAGAACCGUGAAGGCUUGCUAUCACUUCCUGGUUUUGUAGCACUUUACUUUAUAUCCGUUUACAUUGGUCGCUGUCUUCGUGUACAAGAUAUAAUUUUAUCCUACUAUGACGUUAUACACAAAGUAAAAUCACAUAAGAGUCCUACGUGUCUGGCAAUACCUGAGCAGUGUUGUUAA